UUUUUCCUGACUCUGCUUUUACGUGAAGUGUUGGUGUGGGCUGCAGGAUUUCCCUCAGUAAAACAUGUCUGAGCUGGUGCCUGUUAUGUGAAGUUGAAGUGGUAGUGGAUGUGAUACGAUUACUACUGGUUGGUUAGUAGAUGUAGAUGUAGUAGAUGUUAACAGCAAAAUCAGUUUUUAGGAGACAGAUAGAAGAAGCAGGGAUUCUUACAGAUGUCUUGGAGAGGACGGUAUUACUACUUUGUCCCUGUUGGUGCUUCUGGGGUCUCAGUAAAUCAGUGGAUCUGUUGCACUUUCUUUUUGUGAUUUUCUUUCUGACUCUCAGCAUUUGUUUUCCUGUCCUGUUCUGUGUCUUUGUCCACCUCCAUAGUCUCACCUUUUGUGUAUCUGUGUCUUUCCCUCUGGCCAAACAUGUGUGGAGCCCACCGCUCCUGCAGGCGCAUUAGUCUGUCAGCAGCCAAAUGACUGUGGUUGACAGGCCUCAGGAAGGCAGCAGGAGACAGGUGCUGAAGAAGCCUGACUGACUGGCUCAGCGGAUACAUUAAGACUGAGAGAGGAGAUGAGAGUAGAGAACUGGAGAACAGGAUCCUGUUCCAUAACAGCCCCUCCCAGAGAGCGAAGCCGGGACCGGCACAAGUCGCGCAGCAAAGACAGCCGCUCGGAAAAGUCUGUAACAAUUAACACGCCGCCUGCAGAGCCGCUGCUAGGCGACUCAGCUGUACGUGGGGAGCAAGUCCAGGAUGACAACUGGGGCGAGACCACCACAGCCGUCACGGGCACCUCGGAGCACAGCCUCUCUCAGGAGGACAUCGUUCGCAUCACAAAGGAUCUGGAGGACAGUGUGGGGCUCGACUGCCGCCGUUACUUCACCCGGACCCUGGCAAUAAUCUUAGGCCUGCUGGUGUUCCUCACGCCGCUGGCCUUUCUGGUGCUACCCCAUAUCCUCUGGCCAGACAAGCUGCAGAGCUGCGGGACGGCCUGCGAGGGCCUCUUCAUCUCUGUGGCCUUCAAACUGCUCAUACUGCUGCUGGCUGUCUGGGCGCUCUUCUUCAGGCCAGCGCGGGCAGGGCUCCCAAGGGUCUAUGUAUUCCGGGCACUACUUGCUGUACUGGUUCUGCUCUUUGUGAUCUCCUAUUGGCUCUUCUAUGGAGUCAGGAUACUCGACUCACAGGACGAGAACUACCAAGGUAUCGUGCAGUACGCUGUGUCGCUUGUGGACGCUCUCCUCUUCAUCCACUACCUGGCCAUCGUCCUGCUGGAACUGCGGCAGCUUCAGCCGUGCUACUCUGUGUGCGUCACACGCUCCACAGAUGGCGAGACAAGGCACUACAACCUGGGACAGCUCAGUAUUCAGCGGGCAGCUCUGGCCAUCAUAGAGCACUACUACUGUGACUUUCCGGUUCAUAACCCAGCGUUGCUUUCCGCCUCCAAGUCCCGCGCUGCCAAGCAUCUGGCUGGCCUCAAGGUGUACAACGUGGAUGGUGAGUUCCCAGCAGCCCCUGCUGAGGGUCCCGGGAACAAUGCAGCAGCGGGAAUCGCCCAUUCUCAGUCCAGAGCGAUGAUCGCAGCUGCCGCCCGCCGCAGAGACACCAGCCACAACGAGCUGUACUAUGAAGAGGCCGAGCACGAGAGGCGCGUCCGCAAACGCAGAGCACGGCUGGUGGUGGCAGUAGAGGAAGCAUUUACACACAUCAAGCGCAUGCAGGAGGAAGAGCAGAAAAAAGCACCUGGGGACGUUAUGGAUCCUCGAGAAGCAGCACAAGCCAUCUUCCCAUCCAUGGCUCGGGCCCUGCAGAAGUACCUAAGGACCACCAAGCAACAGCACUGCCACAGCAUGGAGAGCAUCCAGCAACACCUGGCCUUCUGCAUCACCAACAACAUGACGCCCAAGGCGUUCCUUGAGAGUUACCUGACUCCAGGUCCGACCGUUCAGUACAGCCGGGACUUCUGGCGAGCCCGUCAGUGGACGCUGAUCAGCGAGGCAUCAGUCACCAGCGGCCUGAAAGACGGCACCAUCUUCCUGCUCAAAUGUGUGGACUUUAGCCUGGUGGUGACGUCCAAGAAGAUCCCCUACAUCCAGAUGUCCGAGGAGUACAUCGAUCCCAAAUCUCACAAGUUUGUCCUGCGGCUACAGUCAGAAACAUCUGUGUAGGACUCCAGAUGUUUUAUUUUUAUUUCACACCCUGUUGCUCUCCAAUAUUUUCAUUUUGGGUUUUGCAGUUUUUAAUUUGUACUUUUUUAAAAAUAUAUUAUAUAUGAAUCUAGCUAUCGCACACGUUUGAAUAUAUUGAUCUUUUAUUGUUGAUAAAAUCGAAAAAAGAAGAGCUGCAGCAGGAUUUUUGCUCACUGGAGUUUGUACGCUUUGGACACGGUUGAGUGCACAUGCUCUGUGUGUGUGUGUGUGUGUGAUGUAAUUUUGUGUCAAAACAAUCACUCCUUCAAACAAGAUGGGAACAAGGAGCAUUUAAAGGUUUCCGACAUCUCCACAGAGAGCAGUCUUUGUGUUGGAUUUCCAUGAGACGGACAGAGCGACAGGAGGAAGUGUGUUGUUUUGUUGUUUUGUCUACACUUGGAAGUAUUUGAAUAUUUUUGAACACCAAAUUAAAAAAUGAAAUGGACUUAUAUAUAUAUAUAUAUAUAAAAGAAUGAAACAACUUCAGAUUCAGCAUUAAAUGCACAUUCACGUGACAGUGGGAAUGAUCUCAGUCUGCUCAUAAAGGAAGUGGCACAGUCUCCUCAAACAAACGCUUUUCCUGACAGCUGAGACGUCACACUCCACCGUGUCCAUCCUGUGGCGUGCGGCCCACGCCCUUGAGCGCUAAUUUUAGCAGCGAAAGUCGGGACUCUUUGAGUUGUUUUCAGUUCCUCUCCAGGUGCAACGGAGCACAAAUCUGAAACAUUUCCACUCCAGUCAGGAGCGACGCAAGCGUGCCAUGUUUGAACACCAGGGUGAACUCGGCAUGAACCGGAUAAUGGGAGACGCACUGAGAUGGACACGUGCCCAAAAACAUUUGCCCUGCCUCAGCGGUUCAGUAACCUUCUCAGGGCUUUCAUGUCGCCCACAUCUGCCUGACGUGAUGGAAGGGGAAGGCAGCGGGAAAGAGAGACCCAGCCAUCAUGUUGGAAUUAAAAAGUACUACUGAUUUCUCCAGACUUUGGGUUACAAAGCAGAUGUAUUCAUUGUUUAUACAUUCUCCUUUAGACCACAGUUUUCAAAUAAUGGUUGAAGUUACAGGUAACACCUCUCCCACCUGGCGUGAGGUUACCAUUGCGUCCAUUUUCACAGCACUGACCCUCCUUUUUCUAAACUACUGUCUACAAACACUCCACAUUUCCUUUGUUUUGUUUGGGUUUUGACAUAUGUAUGCACGCAUGGUGCAAGUAUGCACCUUUUACCUUUAACUUAACCCUGCUGCAAUGCUUUUAAUUUGAAAAUUCAAGAGAAAAUGUUCCAUUGUCUUCCUCUGUAGUGAAGUGAAAACAGACAUUAAUGCUUAAUUUGCAAGUUGAGCAACUAAACAACUGGCUUAAACAAACAGCAGCAUGUAAAGUCUGAUUUCAUCUUUCAGGGCUCACAGGGUUUCAUUAUGUAUGAUGAUAAAUCACCAGAGUCUUUAUCAGCAGUGAGAACUGCAGCAGCAGGGCGGAACCUCCUUCCCAACUGGACUGUCUGGUUUUCCUUUACUGCCUCGUCUCACCCCUGUUGUCUGACAAUUCCCUCGAGGUCAGUCCUUUCAUGGAAGGCUCAGAAGGGAUUCUCUCGCCUGCUGAAUGGGUUUACACCAGCAGGCCAGAAAAAUGCAGUUAAAUGAAGUUAAAAUGACACGUGUGUUCCUCUGUUACUGUCGAAACUGAUAAAACCGAUCUGGUAAAAUCACCAAAGAGAGGGGGAAAAAAAAGAAGAGUCGCACUGAGCACGCUCAAGAAGACAUACAAGCAAUACAUAUAUAUAUAUGUAUAUAUAUAUAUAUAUAUAUAUAUAUAUAUAUAUAUAUAUGUAUAUAUAUAUAUAUGUAUAUGUGUGUGUGUGUAUGUAUGUAUGUAUAUAUAUAUCUAUAUAUAUAGAUAUAGAUAUAUAUAGCUGUGCCUGAGAGCAAGGUUGUCCCCUGCUGCCCCCUGGUGAUGCAACACAGCAUUGUCACUGCAUGUUUUCAGACAAAAAAAAAAAACCUGGUAAUUUUAUACUAUAAUUAUUUCACUGUAAACAAAAUGUUAAAACACCUGCAAAAAAGUCAGAUACGUGCUGUUUUCUGUGUGACACAUCCACACCAAAUCCUACUACUUUUCUUUUUUUAAAAUUUUAAACGUGUCAUCAGUCAGAUUUUGUACCACCUGACAGAUAAACUUUGUAUGAUCCUGAUGUGAUGGUGCCUCCUGUUUUUAAACUCUAUCUAUUUAUGUAAGCGUGUGUGUGUGUGUGUGUGUGUGCGUGUGCCAUUCCAGUUCACACAACCAGCCCCAACCCGACCCCCUCCUCCACCAUCUGUCACACUGUUGCCAAGUUACAGUCCUCUGACAUGGAUUGGUUUCUGAUGGGCGGUUUUCUGAUAAUGAACGUGACGUUGCAAUGUAAGAUGUGUUUCAGUCUCACAGCGUUAGCGUUUGUAGAAAAAAAUAAAUCAUUUUUAUGAACAUUUGUAAA